UAUUGUGGCAGUUGAGGAUUGUUGUUACAUUAGUUGGUGUCAAACUGCCAGACAUGAGGGGUUGUAAAUGGAUGUAUUAAGGUAGUGAGAGUGUGUUGUAAGGCAGCAGUGCUCUGAUACACACGAGUAACCUCCAUCAUUCACGCUGUCUACACUCGUACUUGCGCACUUCAGUCUUAACACUGGUAUAGUGCGCACAUUUCGCUCUACCCUGCCAUCACCAUCGAUGACGAUAUCCCAUCAUUGUUUCCCCGGGACGUUCGCCAUACAUAAUUAAGCAGUUAAUUACCAUUCAUCAUGACCUAAUUCCUGUUCUGCGUAUUUCAACGGUCUGAGGAAGACCGGUCACUAACUCUGCCUUUUGAGUCUACUGGGGUUUCAGGCGUGGAACUUUAACUCACUUCACUGUGAACUUUUUUUUCUCUCUACGUUUCUCUUCUCGAAGGGAACUCUUCUUCCCUUUCCAAUUCUUGCCAGUGUUGGGGCGCUGUUUCUCUGCUAGAGACUGGGAAGCCAAGCUCAAUACGGCUCAAGCAAUGCUGGCCCUAUAAACCCCCAACAAAGAAAGAAAGAAAGGAAAAAGAAAGUUGUCACUGCAUCACUACACUUGUGGUGACAGUGACGCACUCCAGCUACGUUACUACACUGUUGUGGUGACAGUGACGCACUCCAGCUACGUUACUACACUGUUGUGGCGACAGUGACGCUCUUCUGCUACGUUACUACACUGUUGUGGUGACAGUGACGCACUCCAGCUACGUUACUACACUGUUGUGGUGACUGACGCACUCCAGCUACGUUACUACACUGUUGUGGUGACAGUGACGCACUCCAGCUACGUUACUACACUGUUGUGGCGACAGUGACGCUCUUCUGCUACGUUACUACACUGCUGUGGUGACAGUGACGCACUCCAGCUACGUUACUACACUGUUGUGGGGACAGUGACGCACUCCAGCUACGUUACUACACUGUUGUGGCGACAGUGACGCACUCCAGCUACGUUACUACACUGUUGUGGCGACAGUGACGCUCUUCUGCUACGUUACUACACUGUUGUGGGGACAGUGACGCACUCCAGCUACGUUACUACACUGUUGUGGUGACAGUGACGCACUUCAGCUACGUUACUACACUGUUGUGGCGACAGUGACGCUCUUCUGCUACGUUACUACACUGCUGUGGUGACAGUGACGCACUCCAGCUACGUUACUACACUGCUGUGGUGACAGUGACGCACUCCAGCUACGUUACUACACUGUUGUAGUGACAGUGACGCUCUUCUGCUACGUUACUACACUGCUGUGGUCACAGUCACACUCCUACAUCACUGCUGUGGUGACAGUGACACUUUUAUAUCACUGCUAUGGUGACAGUGACACUCCUACAUCACUGCUGUGGUGACAGUGACACUCCUACAUCACUGCUGUGGUGACAGUGACACUCCUACAUCACUGCUGUGGUGACAGUGACACUCCUACAUCACUGCUGUGGUGACAGUGACACUCCUACAUCACUGCUGUGGUGACAGUGACACUCCUACAUCACUGCUGUGGUGACAGUGACACUCCUACAUCACUGCUGUGGUGACAGUGACACUCCUACAUCACUGCUGUGGUGACAGUGACACUCCUACAUCACUGCUGUGGUGACAGUGACACUCCUACAUCACUGCUGUGGUGACAGUGACACUCCUACACCACUGCUGUGGUGACAGUGGCACUCCUAUAUCACUGCUGUGGUGACAGUGGCACUCCUACAUCACUGCUGUGGUGACAGUGACACUCUUACAUCACUGCUGUGGUGACAGUGACACUCCUACACCACUGCUGUGGUGACAGUGACACUCCUAUAUCACUGCUGUGGUGACAGUGGCACUCCUACAUCACUGCUGUGGUGACAGUGACACUCCUACAUCACUGCUGUGGUGACAGUGACACUCUUACAUCACUGCUGUGGUGACAGUGACACUCGUUAUAAGCUGGUGAACAUCUUACAAGUCACUGGAUGGAGAUGCAGGACGAUGAACCUGAGCGAAUUGUGCCAGCGAGUCGUACAGAGGGCCAGCGGACUGUCAGUGCGCCAGCGUCAACCCUCGGCCCAUCUCUUGCUGCAGCUGCUGUCAACCGGCAACAGCAUCAACCACAAACCCAUCUUCAGCCCCAUCAACAUUCAUUCUCUCAACCUAACCAUUCUCAAAGUGUACCUGCAGCUACAUCCACUAGCACCUCCAUGACCACGGCCACCACAAAGCCACACACCCUCUCCAGAAGCAUGUCUCGAAAGGAACAAGUUAAAGCGGUCUCUGAGCAGUCACAGAAGUACGUGAAGAAAGAAACUCGGGAGUUCUUCGGAUUAGAUGACUCUUCUGAAGCCAAUCAGCGGCAGCGAUGGCAGGAGAAACGGAAACGCCUGGCAAGCCGCAAAUAUGGCCAGCUCAAGGACCAGCCCAACACUACCCACCACACACAGUCUUUCACCAGUGACUUCCAUGCCUUACAAGAGCUUCAGGAGGGAAUGGGCAGUGGUCUGUCCGACUCCAUAGAUGGAGCAGCGUUGCCGCAGCCGCCCCACCGAGGGAAAGAUUCGGUUGCCAAGAUGACCUGGGAUGGUCUCUCCUUUGUAGUUUCUACUGUUGCAAGACGGAGAGCCAAGAGUCAAAUAUCAGGCACAGCUGGCGGCCGAUCUAAAAGUCGCAGUUAUGCCCCGUCAUCUAUGUCUGCCACAGAUGAUGCUUUUGAUGAGCCUGAUGUUUCACCAACCACAACUGCCACCACCACAACCACCACCACUGCGGCAACCAUGCGCCCAACCCCACCUGCAGAUCACUAUACUAUGGAGUCGCUUUCAGAUGAAGUGUUCUUUGACAGCAAAGUAGCGGGGAGUCCUGAAGCUGUGACUGGCACUGCUAGUUAUGAUACCAGUAAAGAAGUCAGAGGAGGAAGGUACCACCCAAGUGUUCAAGAAUGGCAAAGACCGGUGUCAGAUACGGUCGAUGCCAGUGGACGGUCGAGUGCUCACAUCGGUCGCUCACGUAUCUGGAAUAGAAUUUUGGAUAGCUGUUUUGAUAAUUCUGAUAGAAGACAGUAUGGGAGAGGAAUCGCUGGUAGAAUUUUCAGACGAACAUUCAAGGAGAGAAUAAGGAGAGACAAAGAUGUGAAGAAACAAAUAGAUGAGAUGAAUGACUACCGGCCGUACUUUACGUGGUGGGUGACAACUGUACAAGUGUUCAUUCUUCUGCUCUCCAUCAUGUGUUAUGGCUUGGCUCCAAAAGGCUUCACUCUACAGCAGCAGUCAGGACAGGUUCUAAUGGCAAGCUUAUCUAUCCAAACUGUGGACUACUGGGAGCCAUCAAAUUUCUGGAUAGGUCCUAGAGCGGCUGAUCUUAUACACCUUGGAGCUAAGUUUGCACCAUGUAUGAGAAAAGAUGAAAAAAUAUUUCGUCACGUUGAAGAACAGCGGAGAGCGGAGAGAGAAACCGGGUGUUGCAUACGAAAUGAUGACUCGGGUUGUGUGCAGUCAUCACGGAGAGAAUGUUCGCCUCUGGGUCAAGGAGAUAUGGAAUCGACCAGACUAUCUGUGUGGAAAAAGUGGAGUGAGCUAGCCAAGGGACCAGAUGGCCGCCUUUCUGGAUCUGUGUGUGGCCAGGAUCCAAGUUACUGCAAAGAGCCUGCGUCUGUUCCUCCACACGAGUGGCCAGAUGACAUUACUCGGUGGCCAAUUUGCCGAAAAAGACUUGCAGCAGUUAAAAAAAUCCAUACUGCCGAGCAUAUGGCUUGUGAGGUUAUUGGUCACCCGUGCUGUAUAGGCAUUCAUGGAGAGUGUCGAAUUACAACGCGGGAGUACUGUAAUUUCGUGCGUGGCUACUUCCAUGAAGAGGCCACGCUUUGCUCUCAGGUUUCCUGCUUGAAUAAUGUGUGUGGUAUGAUACCAUUUCACAACCCUGAUGUUCCAGACCAGUUUUAUAGAUUGUGGACAUCUUUAUUUAUUCAUGCAGGAAUUCUUCACCUGGUCAUCUCGGUAGUACUUCAAUACUACCUUAUGCGAGAUGUUGAGAAGCUAGCUGGCCCUGUGCGGAUCGGAGUCAUCUACAUAGUUUCAGGCAUCGCAGGCAAUCUGGCCUCUGCAAUUUUCGUCCCGUAUCGGGCAGAAGUUGGUCCCUCUGGCUCUCAGUUUGGACUGUUGGCAUGUGUGUUUGUGGAAUUCAUCAAUUCGUGGCAGAUGAUGAGAAACCCAUGGAGGGUGCUGGCCAAACUGGUGGUCAUGACAUUGACUUUCUUCUUGGUGGGGCUCUUACCCUGGGUGGACAACUAUGCCCACAUAUUUGGCUUCAUCUUCGGGUUCCUGCUUUCUUAUGCACUGCUACCGUUCGUGUCGUUUGGUCCAUACGACAAGCGAAGGAAGGUGUUGCUCAUCUGGGUGUGUCUGGUGGCCGUGGUGGUGAUGCUCACAGCGCUUAUAAUACUCUUCUAUGUCACGCCCAUAUACGAGUGCAAGAUCUGCGAAUACCUUAACUGCAUCCCAUUAACACGGGACUUUUGUGCAGAGCAGAACAUCAAUUUCAACAAGAAGUUGGAUAUUAUAUGAAAGGCUGAUGCUUGUUUGGGCAGCAUCUGCUAUCAGUCAACGGUCACCGACGUGCCAACAUUUCUAGUAAUAUAACCAGUGUAAUUAUUACCAUAUGUUAUACAAGUGAUCACUGCUGUUAUGGUCAUUUUCUAGUUUCAUACUCGGGGAAAUAUGGGAUACACCAAUGCCUAUUUUGGCCCACGUGUUUUAAGGGCUAAACUAGCAUCAGUCAGAUGAACAAAUUAGUAUUAGCCUGUUAUGAACAAGAAUUACAUAUAUGUCACAUGUUCAUGUCCUUAUGCCUUGUAUGUCUUUUAUAUGAAAAGUAAUCUUGAAAUUAAAGUUUAUCUCAAACAAAUAGGUAAGUAAUACAUACAUAACACUUCCACAUACUGUAUAACCAUUAAAGUUUAUUUCAAUGAGUAUCUUAUACAGUUUGUUUGCUUGCACUGGCUAAAUCAUUACUUGUAAACCAUUCAGUACUAGCAGUCAUGAUAACUAAUCAAAUUAGUAGACAAAAUGUAAGUGGUAACUUUGACAUGUGUCGUGUCUACAUACAUUCAUGAUUGCAGUAAUAAACCUAAACCCCUUUGAUAUAUGAAUAGAUUUAAAGUACAUAUAAGAGUAUCUUGUUCACAACUGGCAUUGAUACUAGUUUGUUGAUAGCCUAUCUUGAUGUGGCAUUGCUUGUCACACCAGAACACAGAAUAGCGAGGAUACAUGGGCAGUUGUACUAAGGACAAUGGGCCACAAUUCUGAAAUACCACACGAGACAUAACAAAGAAAAGCCAGUGAGAGUGCUCGGCAAGUUUUUGAAGACACGUAGAAUACUGAAAACACCGCUCAAUUACCUGAGGACAAAUCUCCAGUGGACUUCCAUAGUUGCGGCCCAACAAACUGGAGAGUGAAAGAUGCAACAAAAAAUCCUCUCAUUCUAAUGUCUCAGAUCUGUUGUUAUUUGUUGUUGUUGUUAUUAUUUUUAAUGUUUUUCUUAUUUUUUAUUUAUUAUUAUUAUUAUCAUUUAUUAUCAUUAUCAUUUAUUAUCAUUAUUAUUUAUUAUUAUUAUUAUUAUUAUUAUUAUUAUUAUUAUUAUUAUUAUUAUUAUUAUUAUUAUCAUCAUUGAAGUUAUGAUGGUAUAUGAAAAUAAAAAGUGUAGGUUAGGAUACCCACUGAUUUUCUCGAUAAUUGAAUCCCAUAUGCAUAGUGUUAAGAAUUUUUUUUUUUUUUGUACCAUUUUUGUGGCCCUUAUGUGUGGGUAAUUUUGAGUGGUGUGGUUCUCUCACUCUCCACUCCAGCAAGUGUGAUUGGGGGAGGCAUUACAGGGGUGCAGUCAGUCGCAUCUGCUUCCAGUCAUCACAUUCAUCCUUUGUAUUCAUCAUUUGCUCAUUUUAAUAAGCUCAUUGUAUAUCAUUAAAUAUGAUUGCAAUUACGUGUGCAGAUGAUUAAUACAUAUCUUGAUUUGUUUGUUAGAAUCAAUGUACAUCUUUGUGCAUUGACUAGAAUCCUUCAAGUUUUUAUAUUGUUCAACUUUGAGUUAUUGGUGGCUAAAAAUGUGUUAAACAGUAGCGGAACAAUAAACAUCUUCGUGGAUGCCACCUCAGUGAGGCAUUCAGUGUGGAAGGAACACUAUUGCCUGUGGUAAAAAAGUUAAUCAAAUCCACUUAAGUUGAGAUACUAGUUUUUAAUUGCUAAUAAAAGAAAAAUAUGUUUCUGAAAAUAAAGCUGAAGUUUCUUACAUUGUAGCACUUCACAGAGAGAGCUACAAAAUUUACUUUUAAUGGAAAAAUAUUUAAUGUAAAAAUGUUUUGCUGAAUUAUGUACAGUACUGUACAUAAGCAAUUUCAGCAGUAUACUUUAUUUAGGAAUAUAUCAUUUGUCAUGAGUAUAAGAAGUAUUACAUAAUGCUUUAUAUUAUUGUCUUUAUAAACAGUUUGUAAAAAUAGAAACCUUUUAUUUAUACAGUGAAGAAAUUGUGAUAUAAGAAUUACCACAGGUAAAAUAGUUAUAUCAUCUCUGUGAGAUGUAUUACCCUUGUAGUGGGUUAUUGUAAAUGAUAACUCAUGGCAAGGCAUGUCUUAAUGACUAAUAGUUAAAAUAUUAAAUGUCAUAUGUAAUUCUCAAUACUUAAGACCCAUACUUCCAGUACACAUGUAGUUGUGUUUAUCUUCUGUUACUGGUUAGCUACAUAUCCGAAAUGACGAAACACCUAUCCUGUUUAAUUCAAUAUUUCGUGGCUGACGACCCCUAGAAAAAUUGAAGGUAAUCGUGCAGAAAGGCUAUAGGAGUGAACACGCGGUUGUGGAGCCGUUUACAGCAUUGCUGAACACCCCACAGCUGUGCAUAAUGUUCACAGAUAAGUCUGAUAAGUGGAUUGUGACUGUGUGUACAGUAAUAUUCCAUGGGCAUAAAGACUGAACUGCUAAAGAAUCUUUUUGAGAGCAGCAUGAAAUUUGAUUUAGAACUUGGGAGUUGUUUGUGUCAGUUGCUCAAUACAAGUAGCACUAAGAACACACUUUGAGUAAAUACCACACACACUCUCAAUUAAUUCUAUCCAAAUUUUCUUGUUGUCUUCUUAAAAUUCUUGGUCACUGAGUCCAUACUGCACUUUCUACUUAUCACUUGAAGUAAGUGUUUUUUUCACUUAAGCAUGCUACCAGUGGCAUUUAACUUGCAUAUUGUUGGUCAAUAUUUCCUGUAAAGGCCCUCACAAGUAUCAUGGAGCUACAUCGUCACAAAAGUAGUUUUCAUAUCGUCAUAAUUUCAUCAUGUAAUUUAUUUCAUCACCUCACUUAGAAUGAUACUUUGUAUGAACAUGUGUUGUUAUUAGAAUGCUCUCAUAUGUGAUAAUUUAUAACUCAUUUCAUCAUGUCGGUUCUUGAUAUUUGAAUGGGGGGCCCAAAAUAUAUACUGUUGAAGAUUACCUGCAAUGUGGACAUAAAGCUGUGCAACUACAAGACAACUACAUAAUUUGGUCAGUCAUGUAUGUUGGUGAUGGUUAACUACUUGUUGCAUGUUAGAGUAUAGGCUCAUGAUGUGAUCAAAAAACAUGUACUGGUACUUCACUUAUAUUUUGCAUUUAAUACCUUUGAAAUGAUUUCUCAAGAAUGAAAUUAGGAAGGUUUGUGAACUCUGUGUUUUUUAAAUUAUUAAUGAAAUUUUGUAAAAAAAAACAAUAAAAAGAAAAUUAACAUCAUGUCUCAGUCUGUAUAACUUAACUGAUGAAGAUAAACAUUUCAUAAUGGAAGACGCAGAAGCCCAAUUGGCAUGUACAAGAAAAUACUCUUGAUAGUGUAAGUCAUACUCAAAGAUUUAUAUUAUUAUUGAUCACAACAUUUGAUCAAAUAUGCCUUCAGCAAAGACAAGACAAGGCUUUAAACUAUUUAUUAUGAUUAUAGUCACUAAUAAAAAUUAGUCUGCUUCCUAAGUUAAAUUUCUGAAGAAAUCGUUUACUUAAUGUUAGACUUUGUAAACUAAAUUGCAGUUAAUGUUAUUACUACAGUAUUACCAUGACACUCUUACUGCUGUACCCAACAUAACACCAGUAAGAGUAUUACCAUAACACUGUUGUACCCAACAUAACACUAGUAAUUACCAUGACACUGUUGUACCCAACAUAACACCAGUAAGAUAAUUACCAUGACACUGCUGUAUCCAAAAUAACACUAACAUUAUAAUUACCAUGACACUGCUGUACCCAACAUAACACUAGUAAUUACCAUGACACUGUUGUACCCAACAUAACACCAGUAAGAGUAUUACCAUAACACUGUUGUACCCAACAUAACACUAGUAAUUACCAUGACACUGUUGUACCCAACAUAACACCAGUAAGAUAAUUACCAUGACACUGCUGUAUCCAAAAUAACACUAACGCUCUCGCUUCACACGGUGAGGGCCUGGGUUCGAUUCCCAGCCAGAGUAGAAACAUUGGACGUGUUUCUUUCCACCUGUUGUCUAUGUUCCCCAUCAGUAAAAUGGGUACCUGGGUGUUAGUCGACUGGUGUGGGUCGCAUCCUGGGACACUGACCUAAGGAGGCCUGGUCACAGACCGGGCCGCGGGGGCGUUGACCCCCGGAACUCUCUCCAGAUAAACUCCAGAUAAACAUUAUAAUUACCAUGACACUGCUGUACCCAACAUAACACUAGUAAUGACACUUGUACUGUUGUACCCAACAUAACACCAGUAAGAGUAUUACCAUAACACUGUUGUACCCAACAUAACACUAGUAAUUACCAUGACACUGUUGUACCCAACAUAACACCAGUAAGAGUAUUACCAUAACACUGUUGUACCCAACAUAACACUAGUAAUUACCAUGACACUGUUGUACCCAACAUAACACCAGUAAGAUAAUUACCAUGACACUGCUGUAUCCAAAAUAACACUAACAAUAUAAUUACCAUGACACUGCAGUACCCAACAUAACACUAGUAAUGACACUUGUACUGUUGUACCCAACAUAACACCAGUAAGAGUAUUACCAUGACACUGCUGUAUCUAACAUAACACUAGUAAGAUAAUUAUCAUGGCACUGCUGUACCCAACAUAACACCAGUAAGAGUAUUACCAUGACACUGCUGUACCCAACAUAACACUAGUAAUAUAAUUACCACAACACUGCUGUACCCAACAUAACACAAAUAAAAGUAUUACCAUGGCACUGCUGUACCCAGGAUAACACCAGUAAGAGUAUUACCAUGACACUGCUGUAUCCAACAUAACACUACUAAGAUAAUUACCAUGACACUACUGUACCCAACAUAACACCAGUAAGAGUAUUACCAUAACACUGCUGUACCCAACAUAAUACCAGUAAGAUAAUUACCAUGACACUGCUGUAUCCAACAUAACACUAGUAAGAUAAUUACCAUGAUACUGCUGUAUCCAACAUAACACCAGUAAGAUAAUUACCAUGACAGUGCUGUACUCAACACUAGUAAGAUAAUUGCCAUGACACUGUUGUACCCAACAUAAUACCAGUAAGAUCAUUACCAUGACACUGCUGUAUCCAACAUUAGUAAGAUAUUUACCAUGACACUGCUGUUCCCAACAUAGCACCAGUAAGAUAAUUACCAUGACACUGCUGUACCCAACAUAACACUAGGAAGAUAAUUACCAUGACAUUGCUGUACCCAACAUAAUACCAGUAAGAUAAUUACCAUGACACUGCUGUACCCAAUAUAACACUAGUAAGAUAAUUACCAUGACACUGCUGUACCCAACAACACCAGUAAGAUAAUUACCAUGACACAGUUGUACCCAACAUAACACCAGUAAGAUAAUUACCAUGACACU